AUGCCACUCAUUCGCCCCGACUGGCCUCCACACACCACCCUCCCACCCCUCGCUCGCCCUGCUUCAGCUGGUCGGCAGAGCCUGGAAGUUCCAAAGUUGGGAGUUGCCGGCGACCGAAACAAUCAUGAUCCGCGAGCGGCCCCUCCCGUGGCUAGCGCGAAACCCUGCUCCCGGCUCACCUUCCGGACCCACUCGUCGGAUUCCAAGACCGAUGAAAUAACCACGCUGCCAAAUGGCAUCCGCGUGGCCACCGAGUCCUUGCCGGGCCACUUCUCCGGCAUCGGCGUGUACAUCGACGCCGGCUCGCGGUACGAGAACGAGGCGCUGCGAGGCGUCAGCCACAUCAUCGACCGCCUGGCCUUCAAGUCGACGUCCAAGCGCACGGCGGACCAGAUGCUGGAGUCCAUCGAGACGCUGGGCGGCAACAUCCAGUGCGCGUCGUCGAGGGAAAGUCUGAUGUACCAGUCGGCCACCUUCAACUCCGCCGUUCCGCAAACCCUCGCGCUCCUCGCCGAAACCAUUCGUGAGCCCUUGGUGACCGACGAAGAGGUGGCGAGGCAAUUGGAGACUGCGGACUACGAGAUUGGCGAGAUUUGGGGGAAGCCGGAACUCAUUCUGCCCGAGCUGGUGCACAUGGCUGCAUACAAGGACAAUACGCUCGGAAAUCCCCUGCUCUGUCCGCGCGAGCGGUUGGAGAGCAUCGAUCGACGGACCAUCGAGGCAUACCGCAAGGCCUUCUUCAAGCCCGAGCGCACCGUGGUGGCGUUCGCCGGCGUGCCUCACGCCGAAGCCGUCCGACUGACGGAGCAGUAUUUUGGAGACAUGAAGGCUAUAGCCACCUCGGGCCCACAGCCUGCAGUGGAAGCACAAGACCUCUCGGCACAGCAACAAAUCACCCCUCCUUACCCGACAUCACAGAUGGCCUCGCAAAAGGACUCGAGAUUAAUGUCCAAGAUUCCCUUUCUCAAGAACCUCUCCACCUCCGCUCCGCGCUCCGCAACCGUGUCUCCUCUCGACCCAUCCCAAAUUAUUCCGCACCCUCUCGAACAACCAAUCGACUACGACAUCCCAUCACAUUACACCGGUGGCUUCCUCACCCUCCCCCCGCUCCCUAUCCCGCCAAGUCCCAUGAUCCCGCGACUCUCGCACAUCCACCUCGCCUUCGAAUCCCUUCCGAUCUCCCACCCCGACAUCUACGCCAUCGCCACCCUCCAAACCCUCCUCGGCGGCGGCGGCAGUUUCUCCGCCGGUGGACCCGGCAAGGGCAUGUACAGCCGGCUCUACACCAACGUCCUGAACCAGCACGGCUGGGUGGAGAACUGCGUCGCCUUCAACCACGCCUACACGGACUCCGGCGUGUUCGGCAUCAGCGCGGCGUGCGGCACGCAAUUCGUCCCGCGCAUGCUGGACGUCAUGGCGCGCGAACUGUCCCUACUCUCCACGGAAACGGGCCUGGGCCGCCUCAGCGAAAUCGAAGUCAAGCGGGCCAAGAACCAGCUGCGCUCGUCGCUGCUCAUGAACCUCGAAUCCCGCAUGGUCGAACUCGAGGAUCUGGGCCGGCAGGUGCAGGUGUACGGCCGCCGGAUCCCCGUCAAGGAGAUGGUGCGCAACAUCGAGGCGGUGACGAUGCAGGAUCUGCGGCGGGUGGCCAAGACGGUGUUUGGUGGCGAGGUGCGGAAUGUGGGGCAGGGCUCGGGGGCGCCGACGGUGGUGUUGCAGCAGGGUGAGGAGGAGGGGGUGACGUUGAAGGAGAUUGCGUGGACGGAUGUACAGGAGAGGAUUGCGAAGUGGGGGUUGGGAAGGCGGUGA